AGGCGCCCGAGCGAGGCACGACUGCAAGGGGUGGGGGGGUGCACCGAAUUUCAAACAAUUAACCUUGAUGAGCGCGGAUUGGUUUCACUCCACAGGCGCAGGUGCGUGCGGUGCGGUGCGCGGCGCGGCGCAGCUGAGCGACAUUCCGCCGUUGAUGACCGGACACGCUGACGCAUCCCCGCUCCAUGCCCGACACAGGAGCGAGCACACACGGAUAGAAGGGUUGUCUCUCUCUCUCUCUUUCGUUUUUCUUCUUCUCUUUCCGUCUUCGCGGGACGGGGAUGCGCGCCGCAAUGGGAGCCCGUCCGCCCGCUCGUCGCCUCCUUCGCCUCCUCCUCGCGCAAUCCGCAUCCAGGAGCAUCGCCGAACUGAUUUGAUGCCCCACAUCGGAAUUUGACCGCGGUGUCAUUGCCCCGUUUAGACCAGGUCCCCCGGCGGCAGAAGAGAAAAGGCAUCCUCUCCUCUCCGGACGAACUGCCCGCCUCACUACUCUCUCCAUCUGCGCGCUGGACGCCGUGACAUGAGGAGCACGUCCCGGCUCGGUUCCGCGUGAAGACGCAAAGCGGGGCAGGCGGGCAGUUUCCUUCCGACUCCUCAAGGACGCCCAGAAAAAAAAGAAAAGAGAGAAAGAACUGUGGGUGGAAAGUGGCCACCGGCCGAACUGCAAAAAAACCAACAACAACAACAACAACAACAACAACAACCAAAACAUGGAUCGGGACGACGCCGACGCCAUGGGCUCGUCCAAAAAGACGGUCAUUUCGAAGCUAUUCAAAGUUCGCAAGAGGAGGGAGAUGCUCUUCGUGCAGGUGUGCUUCAUCUGCAGUGUCCUCUUCGUGGCGUGGAGCAUGUCGGCGCUGUUGACCAAGACAGGUCAUGGGAUGAUCGUGGACGGACAGACCAACCUGGAUCCCUGGGGAAGACGGCUCAUGGCUUCGGAACCACUCAGUUUAAUUGAGCAGAAGAACUGUUCGGAGCCAGCGAUACACGAGUUCCCCGAAGACUUUUUCAGCAACAACGAGCGCAAGAGCGGGGCGGUGCUGCUGCACAUUGUGGCGACGCUCUACAUGUUCCUGGCCCUCGCCAUAACAUGCGACGAGUACUUUGUGACCUCGCUGGAGAAGAUCUGCGAGAAACUAGAUCUCAGUGAAGAUGUUGCCGGAGCCACUUUCAUGGCAGCUGGCAGUUCUGCACCAGAGCUUUUUGCAUCUGUUAUUGGUGUCUUCAUCACCCAUGGUGAUGUGGGGGUGGGCACCAUCGUCGGCUCAGCAGUCUUCAACAUCCUGUGCAUCAUUGGUGUCUGCGGGAUCUUCGCCGGACAGGUGGUGAUGCUGACCAAGUGGGCUGUUUUCAGGGAUUCCUUCUACUACAUCCUGUCUGUUUUGGCUUUGAUUGCGUUCAUCUACGAUGAGAAGAUAGUCUGGUGGGAGAGUUUGGUGCUGGUACUCAUGUACGCUGGAUACAUCCUCGUCAUGAAAUUCAACUCCAGCAUGCAGAGGUUCUUCAUGGGGAAGUCCAAAAAGAAUGUGGCCAACGGUAACGCUGCGGCCAGCAGUGAGAUGGAGGACGGUAAUACCACUUAUGACAAUGUUUGGGAUGACGACCCGUCAUUGCCUUUACUCUCGGCAGUGAAGCCCAGUAAUCCUUACAGCCGUGGCUCGGUGGUGAUGGUGGACGAGAUCAUGCACGCCAGCCCUUCAAAGUUCAGGUUCCCAGAGGCCGGCCUCCGCGUUAUGGUCACCAGCCAUUUUGGACCCAAGACCCGUCUGCGCAUGGCCAGCCGCCUCAUCAUUACAGAGCGCCAGAAGUUGGUCCAAGCUGCCAACGGCGUGGAGACGCAAGUGAUCGACGGGAAGGUCGAAAUCGAGAAUGGAAACGUGCCCGAGGACAAACCCGCCGAGCCGAAGGAAAACAUCACCAUCUCGCCGUUUCACGUUCCAAACGGAAUCGGCAGCAAGUUGAAGUGGCUGAUCUCGUGGCCUCUGCUCCUGUUGCUGUUCCUAACCGUGCCAAACUGUGCCAAGCCGCGCUGGGAGAAAUACUUCAUGCUCUCCUUCAUCCUGUCCACCGUCUGGAUCGCCGUCUUCUCCUACUUCAUGGUCUGGAUGGUGACUAUUGUUGGCUACACUCUGGGAAUCCCUGAUGUCAUCAUGGGCAUCACGUUCCUGGCAGCAGGCACCAGCGUCCCAGACUGCAUAGCCAGUCUCAUCGUGGCCCGACAAGGUCUGGGAGACAUGGCGGUGUCCAACACCAUCGGCAGCAACGUGUUUGAUAUUCUGGUGGGACUGGGGGUCCCCUGGGCCAUCCAGACCAUGUGUGUCGACUAUGGAUCGGCGGUGAUGAUCAACAGUCGGGGGCUGUUGUACUCGGUGGUGCUUCUUCUGGGCUCUGUGGCCCUGACGGUUCUGGGGAUCCACCUGAAUAAGUGGCGGCUGGACUUGAAGCUGGGCAUCUAUGUCCUGAUCCUCUACGCCAUUUUCCUCUGCUUCUCCAUCUUGAUCGAGUACAACGUCUUCACCUUCGUCAACCUGCCCAUGUGCUUCGAGGAUUAGAGAGCACGGCGGCAUGUCUUGGAUACCAAAACCUCAAUGCUCCCAUAGCAAAGCCCAAACUGUUUCCCUUCUCUUCUCAAUAAUACUGGACCUAUCUGCAGACUCUCUUCUCCUCCCCCGGUGCUCUCCCCCGUGCUCCCUCGCAGUCCCCACUAUGAAUCCAGUUUCCUCCGGAGGGGGAACACUGUAAGCGUGGACUCCGUUCGACGUCUCUAAUUUCUCCUCUCGUCACGCGGUGCCGGGUCCUCAACGGCCCGGUGUCACAGGCGCCGCCUGCGACCGCAGUGAAGUCUUUCAGUUCCUCUGUGCACCUGGUUAACUUUCCACCCAUCUAGCAUGCCCUCUUAGAUGUCGGGGACCUCCGCAGAUCACAAGUGCCCCCGUUGAUUGUCGGUGUGUGUUUUCAUCGUUCGCAUUGUAGAUUUCCACACGCCACCCCCCCCCCCCCCCCAAAAGCUUUUCCACAAACCAAACCUACGAGUCUGCGAAGGGAAAAAGAAUACAAACCAAAAUCCCCCCGCGCGGGAGCGAAAGUCUCCCUGAAGCAAUUCCUAAAAGAUGUACCAUGUAACCCCCAGCACCCAAAGAAAACCCCACCCUCCCUGUUUCUUUCUCUCUUGUGCCCCCCCCCCCCCCCCCCCCGGAGGAGGGUCUUGUCCUCGGCAGCUCCCCUUCUCCUGGACCUGACUCCCCUGGCAUGAGCCCCUUCAAAAAUCAAAAAAGGAAGAAAAAAAAAAAAAGACAUUGACAAAUAAGUCGCAGUCCGGAUCAGUUGACUGUGAGGGUGUUAUGCAUACGCAGCACUGCACAAUGUAAAACUUGUAAACACUUUUUUGUUUUGUCAGUAUUUUUAUUUUUAAUUUUUUCCAGAAACAAGGUUUUGUCUAGUAUGAAAUAUGGAGGAGAGCUUGUUGCAAAUAUAGGACAUUGUCUGGGUUUUUUUCCACUGAAACAAAAAUUGCACAUGGAAUCGCUGUUUAUUUAUUUCAUUUUUUUUCUCUCGCUUUGUGCUGUAAGGAGAUUUGACCACUCGGAGGGGUGUUCAGGCCGGUGCUGGUGGCGACUCCACGCCAGCGCGAUUUUUCAUCCAGUGACGGGUUUUUCCCCCUCUGCACAAACUACAGAGAAGAAAACUGUCUCCAGAGACGUGGGGUGCAUCCGAUUUCUGUCUCCAUCUGGUGACUUGUUCUCAUCUUGACAGCAGCCGCAUGGAUGGAGUUGUUAAAAAAAAAAAAAAAAAAAAAAAGGAGCAAAGAAACCAGGCAGUUCUCAACACUGUCUGCAAUUUCACCCUCUGGCCAGCAGGGGGUACUGCAGCCCCUCUACCCAGGGCCGGGGUGCCAACCACAGCUGUCGGUUAUCAGGGAAACUUGGAAAUGGACAACUCCAAGAGGUGGCGAUGGUGACGGUCUCUUGGUUUUUGAGUUACAUGUAGAUAUUGCACUUUAACAGCCAUCCUCUCAUUCUGAAUCAACUAGUGCUUCCUUCUGUGCGUGGGUGUUUUCAGUGUAAACGUCUGUGUGAGUGUGUGCGCGCGCGCGAGAACAUUGUGAGUGUGCGUGUGUGCGCGCGCGUGCUCGGUAUGGGCCCACGUUAAGUUUUCUCCCAACCCGGGGCUCUUGACCCCGCCAACAGACUGGAACCUCGUCGACACCAUGAGCACACACCCGCCUCUUGUCUGCAGUGCAUGCUGGGACAUUUGAAACGCAGCUCCUCCUCCACGGCACAGCAAGCGGGCCGAGGGCUUCUUGGGCGGCUCCACGGGAAAACCGCCCGACCCCCGUUUUACAUACGAACAACAAAGAAUCGGCAGCUACGUGCUACACUGCAAACCCAGACCUUUUCUGACAUCGUGCAAGAAGAGAAUGCCUGCGACGAGUCCACAAGUUGAGGUGCAGAGACUUGUUAAAAACGAACCGAAGCGAGUGUUUCAGCAAGUGAUUCAAAAAUGUUUUCCUCUGCCACACACUGCUGGCAGCAGGCACUUGUAUAUGCAAUCUCAGUGUAAAGAAUUUCAUGUGGCAGGAGGCCCCUGCAAGGUUGCCAUAUGACGACGGGAGGUCCCGCGGAGAUGUGACGUCAGUUUGUCUAGUAGUACUUGAUGUGUGAGCUCACAGGUGUGUGCGUGCGUGUGUGUGUUAGUGUGUGUGUGGAGGGUUCGAGCCAAUACGGACCUCUCUGCAACCGUGGCAUUGUGGGACGUCUGAUUUCCCCUCCACACGCGCACACACACACACACACACACACACACUUCAUUCUCCUCUUUCGUCGCCUCUUGCACAAGGGCAUUAACUCUCCGCCAUCACGCGCAGGGGGAGCAGAGGCUCAGCAGGGAUCACAUGGACGUACGGACGAGUGUUCCCUCGGGACCGUGUCUCUUUUCGUUGGACCCGGGUGAGAGCAGACUUUUUAAGGAAUUACAAAAAAAAAAGUUGGACCCCCUUAAACUGCUACUCGACCCGGGUUCAAAUGGCUGCAGUUGCUGGAUGGAGGUGACCACACAGGGCGCGCGCGCGCACACACACACACACACCACCCCCCCUUUUCAGUGGGUCUUCUGUUCAUACAGGACCUUUUUGUGAGGAAGGCCCCGUUUGUACUGUACUUUAGUUGAUUCAGAAUGUGCAGUGUUUAAGGUUUUUUUGAUGAUUUCCUCUCGUCGCUCUGUGUGGUCAUGUCCCGGUUGCCAGGUUUUGAGCGGUAACACCACAGCAGGGGCCAAAAUACACAGCGCCUUCCUUUUUUUCUUUUUCUUUCUUCUCUCGGUCCUCAUCUUGACAACACAGCACACGUUCUCACCGGUCGUCAGUUUUUUUUUUUUUUUGGCAGAGCAGGAGGAAAAAAACAACAAAAAAAAACAAACAGUAGAAUUCCGAGGCCAUACUUGUCGUAGCUCUGCAUAAAUCCAGAUUGUACGGACGUCAUGUGAACAAAAAAGGCGCACACUCUAGAACACCCGCGUUAAGAAAAGGGAGGUGGACGCGAGGAGGACCGGUGUGUACUUCUUGGUUGAAUGCGACCUGAUGCACUGUGAGCUCAAUGUGACGUGGGAGUUUGUUUGUCAAGAAUAAUAAAUGAUGAAAAAAGUAAUAUAUUUAAUGUAAAGUUAGUUACUAUAAAAAACAUUACCGAGGACAUCUGUAUAACUUAUAUGAAUGUAUUGUCUUGCUAUACUGGACAUAUCCAACCAAUGCAUUUUACUGUAAAGCAAUAAUGUGAACAACAACAACAAAAAAAAAAAAAAACUCAAAAUAAAAUGGCAAAAAUAAAUUCCUGUACAUUUGUCUCACGAGUUCUUGGGAUUGUUUGUGAAACGCAGCAAUUAAAUGAAGCCAUUUGUACACGCA